GCGGCCGGUCCCGCCCCCAGCGCCCCCCAUGAUGUCAGUGGGAGCACGAGACCGUCCCGCCCCGGUACCGGCGGGGCAGAGCCGAGCCAUGGCCGGGCGCGGGCGGACGCUGCUCGGGGUGCUGCGGACAGCGGCGAACGGCGGGGCCACCUCUCGGUGUCUCGGCAUCCCCCAUUCCCCGCCGGUGCAGCCAGCGCGGCCGUUCCUAAUCCCGGCGGGCACCGGUCCCAGCAGGCACGGGGAGCGGCGGGUCCUGGGGUACUCGGUGGAGCAGAUGUACGAGCUGGUGGCCAACGUUGGGGAGUACCGGCUCUUCGUGCCCUGGUGCAGCCGCUCGGCCGUGCUCUCCCGUUGUGGGCAGGUGCUGCGGGCAGAGCUCGAGGUCGGCUUCCCGCCCUUCCUGGAGCGCUACGUCUCCGAGGUGUUCCUGGGCUCCCAGCGGAUCCAGGCUGUCAGCCGGGACUGCCGCCUCUUCAGGCACCUGGAGACGCUGUGGCGGUUCGGGCCAGGGCUGCCCGGCCGGACAGACACCUGCUCGCUGGACUUCUCGGUCUCCUUCGAGUUCAGGUCGGCGCUGCACUCCCGGCUGGCCAGCCUGUUUCUGGACGAGGUGGCGAAGAGGAUGGUGUCGGCCUUCGAGGGCCGGGCGCAGGCGCUGUUCGGGGCGCAGGCCGCGGUCCUUCCCUGCCCACGCGAGCGGGCAGCGCGUCGGGCCUGAGGGCGCCCCGGCCGUGGCAGGAGAUGUUCGGGUGCUCGGUCCCGGUUUCGGCUGGACUCCGCCAUCAGCCCCGCUCAGGGCCUCCCCCUAUUUAUGUCUAUUUAACCCAGAGAGAUAUAAAUUAUUUUUCCAA